CUUUUUCAGAGUUACAAAAAUUGUGUUAAAAAGGCAUUGAAAGAACAAGGAAUUGAUUUAACAGAUUUAGAAAAGUCAAUGUUGAAAGGAGAAGAUGGAAGAUUUUCAUCAACCCAAAGUUAACCUUUGAUAUUUUAACGUAAUCAUGGAUAUAUCAUUACAACAGUUGCAUUUAUGUGCUUUUUUCAUACGUAUUGGACUUAUUGUGUAUGGUGAAUGGCAAGAUAAAAACUUGGAACUCAAAUUCACUGAUGUCGAUUAUCAUGUUUUCACUGAUGCUGCUCAAUAUGUCUUUAAUGGAGAGUCUCCUUAUAACAGACCCACAUAUAGAUAUAGUCCUCUACUCGCAUGGAUGUUGGUACCUUGUCAUAUUAUUCAUAUUCUGUGGGGAAAACUAGUUUUUAUUUCUGCUGACUUAUUAGCUGGAUGGCUUAUACAGAAUACAAUGGCAAUAAAUCAAGAUGAAGGAAAACUUACUAAAAUAGCUUUAUCUAUAUGGUUGUUUAAUCCAAUAACUAUGACCAUAUCAAGUAGAGGAAAUGCUGAAUCGAUAAUGUCAGUUCUUGUUUUGGGUACAUUAUAUCUGCUUUCCAAGGAGCGAUUAAUUUUAGCUGGCAUUUUUUUUGCCAUAUCUGUCCAUCUCAAGAUAUUUCCUCUAGUUAUUGCUCUGGCUGUCUAUCUUUUUUUAGGGGACGGUUUUGAAGGUCGACAUAAUAAACUUUAUGUUCAUGAAUUUUUAGCUAUUCUGUCUCCGUGUGGUGCUGUGAAUGUAAUCAAAAAAGUUUUUUCAAAAGAGAGGACUUAUUUUUUUCUGUCAUCAGUUAUUACAUUUGUGCUCAUUACAUUUCUGUUUUAUUUUUUAUAUGGUCAUGACUUUUUGGAACAUGCUUAUUUUUAUCAUAUUACCAGAAAAGAUAUUCGUCACAAUUUUUCAAUCUAUUUUUACAUGCUUUACACCAGCUCCGAUUGGUGGCUUGGAUUGAUAUGUUUCUUCAAUCAGGUUUUAGUUACUCUAUGCUUAUCUGUUGCUUUUUAUAAGGAUCUUCCUUUCUGUACUUUUUUGCUUGUGUUUUCAUUUGUUACAUUCAACAAAAUUUGUACAUCACAAUAUUUUUUAUGGUAUUUGACAAUUUUGCCACUUGUUAUCCCAGGUUUGGCCAAUGUAAAUUUGUUUGAAAUCAUCGCUGCUGUUUUCCUAUGGGGAGGUGGACAAGGAAUUUGGCUGGCAUCUGCUUAUGUCCUAGAGUUUGAAGGACAAAGGGUGUUUUUGUAUGUUUGGGGAGCAAGUGUUCUGUUUUUUAUCAUUAAUGUAAUAGUUAUUAUUUGGUUCAUGAAAAGGUAUGUGGAUUUUCCAUCAUACAUGGUUCGGGGAGUGAGACACGAACAGAAAACUUCUAAAAAAAGGAUUUGAGGAUUGAUACACUAUUUUUUUGUCUUGAUAAUUACAUAUUUUAUGGUGCAGCAUUUUAAAACUCAAAGAAAAAGCUCCCUUUAUACUGUACUGAAGUUGUAUCAAGUUGAAUCUCAUUUGAAACAUGAAUUUGUGACAUUUUGCAGUUUUGCUCUCAAAUGAACAAAAUUGUUUAUCGAUUAUUUUGAAUUGAACAAUUUCAGUUACCUUGACGUCGCAGACUUUUCUGGUUGAAAUUAGGGAAUUGGUCGAAAUUGUUUUCUUACUCUGUUAACAAUUUUUUGCAUGUCAUAGUUUGAAAUAUUGUUCAUUCUCUUCAUUUUUUUGUGUUAAUUUCAUGUAGAAUAGACAGUGUGUGAAUGCUUUUUAAAAAUUGUGUGAAAUUUGUAUCAAUGGAAUGGUUAUGCCAAUGUUUCCCAAACGGGGAGGUAAUAUCACUUUAUAUUUAUGGCA